UAAGUAAUCGCUGAAUACUAAGCAAUUCAGGUAAACAUGAAUUUAUGAUAAUAGAAAUGGAGCUCCUAAACGAAGCUGCUCCGAACCCGCUUGCCAAGACGCCGAAAAGUGGCAUGUCCACGGGCGGCAAGAUCCUGAUAGCGGCAACGGGCGGAGUAGGCAUCGGUCUGUCGAUUGUGUGCGCUUCCUUUGUGGCGCCGGCAUUCCGGAGGAUUUGCUUGCCUUAUGUGCCAGCGACGACCGAGCAAAUACAAAAUGUUCUCAGCUUCAUGCCCAAGAAUUCGGCCGGAAAACUACUGGACAUUGGAUCCGGAGACGGGCGGAUCGUAAUGGCGGCGGCACAGCAUUGUAGUGCUCUAAAAACAGACGGCGUGGAGCUAAACCCAUGGCUGGUCUACUACUCGCGCCUGGCUGCUCUAAGACACGGCGUUUCCAAUCGGACGAGAUUUUUUCGGAAAGAUCUAUGGAAGUUCGAUAUAAAAGACUACAACUUCGUGGUAAUUUUUGGAGUUGAGCAGAUGAUGCAGGAUCUGGAACACAAACUCAUCGCCGAGUGUCCGCACAACACCAAGAUUAUCGCCUGCCGCUUUCCACUGCCCAGCCUAGAGCACGUGAAGAUUAUAGAGGACGGAGUGAACACCGUCUGGUUCUACGACCUGAACAAAAGCUAGCAAAAGUUUUAUUAAAUUGGUAUUUUUAUUGUUUUCCUCAGUAAGAAAACAAUGCUUAAGAUAAA